GGCCACCACCCCAGCCUUCCAUCUGGGCAGUUCCAGGAGCUGUGAUUUCCACAGGCAAUGCUGUGACCAUCUUCUGCAGGACUCCUCCAGGAGUGACCAGAGUGCGUCUAACCCAUUAUGUGCAGGAUGGAAAGUGGUUUGAUUGCAUCCCACAGGGAGCCCAGGAGGUGUUUGAAUUCAGUCUGCAGAAUAUGACACAAGGCGAUGCUGGGAUUUACUACUGUGAAUACUCCAAGGGAGGCGAAUUGCUACAAAUUAGUGACAAAGUGGAGCUGGUGGUGACAGGUGUUUAUAAGGAGAAGCCAUCUCUUACUGUUGAUUCAGGAUCUCAGGGCUCCUCAGAAAUCAAUGCAACUCUCCACUGCCACAUACAUGGUUCCUUUAAUAUCUUCAUCCUCUGCAGAGAUGGAAAUGCUUCCUUUCCCCAGAACUGUUCACAGCAGGACCACAACACAUUCCUCAUCUCCCCUCUGAGCCCUGGGCACAGGAGGACCUACAGAUGCUUUGGCUCUUACAAACACAAUUCCUACUUGUGGUCACUGCCUAGUGACCCCCUUGAGUUUUCAAUCCCAGAAUCUCGUGAACAGUUACAUAACAGUUUAGAGAAUUUUAUCCGGCUUAUCAUGGCUAUCAUCAUCCUGUUGGGCCUUGGCGCUCUAUUGCUGCAUGCUUGGAAGAGCAGAAGAGAGCCCAUGGGGCCUUCAGGAGCCCUAAGCUGAGAGCCUAGCUACCCCUUCUCAGAUCUCAUCUAAAUGCUGGUGCCAGGGACAGUGGUAAGCCUUGCCAUAUUGCCUGCCUGAGUUAAGUUUCUGUUCUCCAGCACUGAGCCACUAGCCAGAAACUUUUGACAUGCCUGGACAAGUCCUGAGUUAUUAGAAAAUAACAUUUCCUUGUCUUUCUGCUAUACUGAACAAUAGUAACAAUGUUUUGUGGUUGGGUUGCUUGGCAACUCAAGA